AUGGCACACAGAGCCAGCCACGAGGAUGGCACACAGAGCCAUGAGGAUGGCACACAGAGCCAUGAGGAUGGCACACAGAGCCGUGAGGACGGCACACAGAGCCAUGAGGACGGCACACAGAGCCAUGAGGACAGCGCACAGAGCCAUGAGGAUGGCAGAAGCCAUGAGGAUGGCACACAGAGCCAUGAGGACAGCACACAGAGCCAUGAGGAUGGCACACAGAGCCAUGAGGAUGGCACACAGAGCCGUGAGGACGGCACACAGAGCCAUGAGGACAGCACACAGAGCCAUGAGGAUGGCAGAGCCAUGAGGAUGGCACACAGAGCCAUGAGGAUGGCACACAGUGCCAUGAGGAUGGCACACAGAGCCAGCCGUGAGGAUGGCACACAGUCCCACGAGGACGGCACACAGAGCCAUGAGGAUGGCACACAGAGCCAUGAGGAUGGCAGAGCCAUGAGGAUGGCACACAGUCCCACGAGGACGCGCCGCAGAGCGUCCACCAGGCGCUGCCUGGGCUCGGCCGGGGCGCUGCUGCGGCCCCGGGGCCCGGUCCUUCCCGGCCCCAUCCCGGCCCUGGCCCACGGGCCCGGGCCCGCCCCGGGACGCCGCUUCCGGCGGCGGCGGCGGCGCGCGCACGCGUGA